AUGGGGAAAUGGGAGCUGACUAUGAACCCGGUGCAGGAGUGGGGGGAGGAGGUGGAAGACGGGGCUGUGUAUGGAGUGACCCUUCGUCGGGAGCCUGUGCCCUCCUCCUCAGCCUCCUCAGAAUCGUGCUCGGCCUUUGUUCAGUACCGGACGUGCAAAGUUCGCCGUCUGAAGGCCGCCACGCUGAACCAGCUGAUCAGUCACUUGCUGCAGCCCGAGAGCCAGAGCCAGGACGACAGCCGCAUCCUGCUGUCCACCUACCGCACCUUCACCUGCGCCUCCACACUCAUCCAACUCAUCUUCCUCAGAGACAGCGCAGCGGCGGAUUUGGACAAUACAGACAACAGCGGGCCUCUGUUAGCCUUCGUCCAGGCCUGGUUGGACGAGUACAGUGAGGACUUCCGGGAGCCCCCUCUGCACCCGGCUCUGCGGCUGCUGCUGGACCACCUGACCAUCAGUUCCGCCGUGCACGCUCACAUGCACACGCAGCCUAACUUCUGCUCUCUGGCGGGGCAAGCGGAGGAGCUGCUCAAGAGGUUCCAGAGAGAAGAUGCGGAGGCCAAUCUGUGUGCGGCCCGCGCGCUCUCUUACGGUGAAUACGGCUCCAACGAUGAAGACUCUGGAUGCGAAAACUCCCUGGAUCCCGCAGACGUCAUGGAUUUUGCAACUAUUGCUAUCGCAGAACAACUCACUCGACUCGAUGCGGCUCUGUUUGUCAAAGUGGUUCCGUACCAGUGUCUGGGCUGUGUGUGGUCCCAGCGGGAUAAGAAGGAGAACCUGUCAACCACCAUCAGAGCCACCAUCGCGCAGUUUAACGCUGUGACGAACCAGGUCAUGUUGUCCCUGCUCUGCCCUUCUGUGGACGUGAGCUCCGGACGACCCUCCUCCUCCCCAGCACACCGGGCCAGGAUCAUUGAGAAGUGGAUCCGAGUGGCUCAGGAAUGCCGGCGCUUGAAAAACUUCUCGUCUCUCAAAGCCAUCCUCUCGGCUCUCCAGUCCAACGCUGUUUACCGGCUGAGAAAGUCCUGGGCCACAGUAAACCGGGAUAGCAUGGCCUCAUUCGAUAACCUCUGUGAAACCUUCCCAGACGAAAACUGUGUUAUGAGCAAAGAGGAGCUUGUGGAUGGAGGUCAGGCCAGCGUGGAUAGUGUGUCUCCGAAGAUAUCCAGGAGGUGUCCGAUCUCCAGGCAGAUGAGUACGUCUUCCGCAACGGUGCCGUACCUGGGCACUUACCUGUCGGUGCUGACCAUGCUGGACACCGCUCUGCCCGACACUGUGGAGGGCGGCCUGCUAAACUUUGAGAAGAGACGCAGGGAGUUCGAGGUGUUGUCGCAGAUCCAGCAGCUGCAGGCGGCCUGCUCCCUCUACAGCCUCCACCAGCAUCAGCACAUCACUGCAUGGAUGCAGGGACGCAGGCUCCUGACCGACCAGGAGAGCUAUGAUCUCUCCCGACAGCUGGAGCCACCGAUGGACCUCAGCUCUCCUUCUGCCUGGAGCCAUCGCUCCAUCACAAAGAAACUCUCUUUUCUGCGAGCGAUGAGUGAAGGCUCCAAAAAGAUGCCCUCGGAUCAGAUCAGCGUGUCCUCGUCCGGCUCCAGUGGCUCAGAAAUGGAUGAUAUGUUGUCUCCAAACUCCAUCCCUCUGCAGGGUCUCCUGCAGGUGUUCCAGAGCACGUACAGCAGUGAGUCGGACUUCUCCUCCUCCCACUCGCCCACUCCCUCCAGCUCGUCCUGGGACACACUGGACACUCCUCCGGCCUCAGACUGUGGCGGGGCACGUCCCAAGCGUCCGCUGGCCUCACACAAGCGCUCGGUCUCCAUGACGUCGCUGCCCGUCUACAACCGACAAGUGGCCGACUCCUGCAUCAUCCGCAUCACUGUGGACCUGGGCCACAACAACGGCAACAUGUACAAGAGCAUUCUGCUAACAAGCCAAGACAAGAGUGCCCAGGUCAUCCAAAGAGCUCUGGAGAAGCAUCACCUUGAACACAUGGACUAUUCCGAUUUCACAUUAACACAAGUUAUCUCACCGGAAAGAGAGCUGCUUAUACCAGACAAAGCUAACGUCUUCUACGCCAUGUCCACCACGGCCAAUUUUGACUUUAUUUUGCGCAAAUACGAACAAGAUCAGAAGAAACUGCUGAGUGCCACUCGAAGUCUGGGGAGGUACACCAAGUAG